CCAUUCGCUUAAUAGGCCGAGCUGGUAGGGCCAUUUUUCGAUAUGCUAAAAAGAAAACUAAGGAAAAGAUUGAAGAAGAGUUAGAAGAGGCAGAAAGAUCAGCAGCACUACGUUUAGCAUGUGAAUUAUGGCAUAAGCAGGAUAGAGGAGUUAAUAAUAGGCAACUGCCACCUUGUCCAUGUAAAAAGUCUCAGGCCAAAAGAGAUGAUAGAUACACUAGGGAAAACUUAUUCCAGGACAUUGUGAGGAAAAAAGUAUUUAAGAGAGAUAAAGCUACAGGUGGCUGUUAUAGGCAAAGCAAUCUUGGUUCUUAUAGUCCCAGUCAGCAGUGCUGUUAUGGUGGUGAUGGGAAUAUUUUAACUGGUACUAGUGGAGGAUCAGCAUACAGUGUGUACCCUAAUAACUGGAAAUCAUUUUUAGGUCAUUUUUUUAAUGAUGUUGUUCCUCAUUAUUUAUGUUGUGAUGGAAAAUAUUUCUCAGGUUGUCAGGAUCGGUACUAUGAUAGGAGACCUAAUGAUAAUUGUGAGGACUAUCCUGAAAGACCACCACCAGCUCGUACAUUUGGUGAUCCUCACCUAGUAUCGCUAGACGGGACACAGUACACAUUCAAUGGUCAUGGGGAAUUUAUUCUAGUACAGUCAAUUGAUGGUUCUCUGAUGAUACAAGCAAGAAUGACAGAACCAUUAUCAAUUAGUGACAGUAAUGAGACCCUCAUUGGUAGUGGGACAGUCAUUACAGCAGUAGUAGCUAAACACAAUGCGUCAGACACCAUCCAAUUUGAGGUUGUUGAUAAUCAACUGAGAGCGUUAGUGAAUGGAGAUGAAAUUGAUUUCACAGAAUUAGCUGAGCAACAAUUUAAAAACUUAACAGUGCUGGAUAAAGGAAACCGUACCCUUUCAGCUACAUUAGCCAAGGGAGUAACAAUAACUGUUACAGAGAAUAUUAAUAUACUAUCUGAUGUCUCUGUUACUCUUUCUGAUGAUUACUAUGGGAGCACUGCUGGUUUAUUGGGUCAAUACAAUGGUAAACCAGAGGAUGAUCUACUGUCAAGAAAUGGAAACACAUCUUUACCUUCCAAUGCAAGCACUGAAGAGAUUCAUUACGAAUUUGGACUGACAUGGAUUCUUGAAAAUCCUCUUGAAAGCCUAUUCACUUAUGAUGACACUGGUAGUUGGAAUACAUUUUAUAAGCCUGACUACAAACCAAUAUUCCAGCCUCAAUUUAAUGACUCAGCACUUGAAGAAAAAGCACAGGAGAUAUGUGGUGAUGAUAAGCUUUGUUUGUUUGAUAUUGCCGCUACUGGUGAUGUGAAUAUUGGGCAGUCAACAAGAGAAACCGGACAAGAGUUAACCACUAUUACUGAACUCCUAAAAUCUAUUUAUUGUGACCCUCCUUGCAUACAUGGAGCAUGUGUGGAUAACAACACAUGUUUUUGUUCGGAAGGCUAUGAAGGAGUUAUGUGUAAUGAUACUAUUCUACAAGACUGUGAAGAAAAUUUCUGUCUUAAUGGUGCUACCUGUCAAAUAGUAGCUGGAGCUUAUUUGUGUAUAUGUUCUGAUGGUUUCACUGGACCCAACUGUGGUACAAAAAUUGUGGUUAGCAGUCCUAUUCCAACCACUUCAACAACUCCACCAGGGAGUAAUAAAGCAUCAUCAGUUAAAACCUGGAUCAUUAUCAUUAUAGCACUAGUUGUUGUCAUUCUCAUGGCAAUUGUGGCUGUUAUAACUGUAUCUGUUUGUCUGUGCUUCGUUAAAAGACGUAAAGUUAAGAGUUACACCAAGAAGGAAUAUGAGGCUGAAAUGAUUGAGAAGCUUGAAAUGAAAUAAAAAACUAUAUAUUUACAAAUACAUUUUUAUUGUUAUUGUACUUGCUAUAGUGUUGUUUUUAGUCUUGAGGCCAGCCUCUGGCCCAUGUUGUUUAGUAUGGUAAAUUAAUUUUAGUUUUA